AGACGGUUGAACCCACCACUCCCAGGCCAGGACAUUUUCAGCGAUGCCCAUACCUUCAGGAGACAGGGGCCUGCGACCUGGACACCCCCACUAUGGCUCCUGCAGCCCCUUGAGCCCACGCUGGCCAGGUCCCCGAGAGGCACCAUCGGUCAAGGGCCUUUACUACCGCAGGGCCCAGAAGGUGGGUGCCCUGGACACCUCCCCGGUGGCCGAUCUGAAGAAGGAGAUCCUGGUGAACGUGGGGGGCCUCAGGUACCUCCUGCCCUGGAGCACCCUGGACGCCUUCCCUCUGAGCCGCCUGAGCCGGCUCCGGCUGUGCCGCAGCCAGGAGGAGAUCGUACAGUUGUGCGACGACUAUGACCCGGACAGGCAGGAGUUCUUCUUCGACAGGAACCCCAGUGCGUUCGGGGUGAUCGUGAGCUUCCUGGCGGCCGGGAAGCUGGUGCUGCUGCGGGAGAUGUGCGCGCUGUCCUUCCGGGAGGAGCUGAGCUACUGGGGCAUCGAGGAGGCUCACCUGCAGCGCUGCUGCCUGCGCCAGCUGCUGAAGAGGCUGGAGGAGGCGGCCGAGCUGGGCAGGGAGGAGGCCCUGCAGCGGCAGCGCGAGGCCCGGGGCCCGGACACGCACGCCUCGCGCUGGGCACGCUGCAUGCACCGCCUGCGGGACAUGGUGGAGAACCCGCAGUCUGGCCUGCCCGGGAAGGUCUUUGCUUGCCUCUCCAUCCUCUUCGUGGCCACCACAGCUGUCAGCCUGUGUGUCAGCACCAUGCCCGACCUCAGGGCCGAGGAGGACAAGGGCGAGUGCUCUCGGAAGUGCUUCUACAUCUUCGUGGUGGAGACCAUCUGCGUGGCCUGGUUCUCCCUGGAGUUCUGUCUGCGUUUCGUCCAGGCCCGGAACAAGUGCCAGUUCUUCCGAGGGCCUCUGAACAUCAUCGACAUCCUGGCCAUCUCCCCGUACUACGUGUCGCUCGCGGUGUCCGAGGAGGCCCCCGAGGCGGGCGAGAGGCUGAGCGGAAGCUCCUACCUGGAGAAGGUGGGGCUGGUGCUGCGCGUGCUGCGGGCGCUGCGCAUCCUCUACGUGAUGCGCCUGGCGCGCCACUCGCUGGGGCUGCAGACGCUGGGGCUCACCGUGCGCCGCUGCGCGCGCGAGUUCGGCCUGCUGCUGCUCUUCCUGGCCGUGGCCGUCACCCUCUUCUCCCCCUUGGUCUACGUGGCCGAGAAUGAGUCCGGGCGGGUCCUGGAGUUCACCAGCAUCCCCGCCUCCUAUUGGUGGGCCAUCAUCUCCAUGACAACGGUGGGCUACGGGGAUAUGGUACCCCGCAGCGUGCCAGGCCAGAUGGUGGCCCUCAGCAGUAUCCUAAGUGGGAUCCUCAUCAUGGCCUUCCCGGCCACGUCCAUCUUCCACACCUUUUCCCACUCCUACCUGGAGCUCAAGAAGGAGCAGGAGAGGCUCCAAGCCCGUCUCUGUCGCCUCCAAACCACCAGCUCCACCAGCGAGCGCGAGCUCCUGACCGAUGUGGACGACCCGGUCCUGGAGGGCCCGGCCUCCCCUGUCACUUACAUGUAA